AUGGCCGAUAUCAAGCCUCCUUUUACCGACGAGACCGCCCAUAAGAAGGUCAAAGCAGCACAGAACAUGUGGAACAUGCAAGAUCCCUCACGCGUCGCACAAGCAUACACCCCUACUUGUAUUUGGCGUAAUCGUACCUCGUUCUUGUCGGGGACGGACGCGAUCAUCAAGUUUCUGACCGCAAAAUGGGAACGAGAGUGUAACUACCGCCUUCGCAAGGAACUUUUCGCUUUCAGCGACGACCGCAUUGCGGUGCAAUUCUGGUACGAAUAUCAAGAUGCAACCGAUGGGAUGCGCUGGAAACGUUGUUAUGGCCUCGAAGAUUGGACCUUUGAUUGGGAAACUGGGAAGAUGUGCAAGCGUAUGAUGAGCGGCAAUGAUCUGCUUCUAGGUCCAGACGGGAAUGGAGAGGGUCGCUGGUUUGUGGACGGGGUCGAUGUCAAUGAAGUCCCGAUCAGUCAAGAACACUGGUAA